AUGGCACCAAUUUUGCUGAAGUGUAUGGGGAGUGACCACAAUGAGUAUAUCAAACAACAUGUCCAAGUGAAGAAUCCCUACUUGGACACCAUGGAGGAGGAUAUUCUCUACCACUUCAGCUUGAGCACCAAGACUCACAACCUUCCAGAAAUGUUCGGAGAUAUCAAGUUUGUGUGUGUUGGCGGCAGCGCGAAUCGAAUGAAGGCUUUUGCCCAGUUCAUCCACCAGGAGCUGGAACUGUCUGGAAACCCAGAGGAAAUCAUAGAUAUCUGUGCAGGAACUGACCGCUACUGCAUGUAUAAAGUGGGACCAGUGCUCUCUAUAAGUCAUGGCAUGGGGGUCCCGUCUAUCUCCAUCAUGCUGCAUGAGCUCAUCAAACUGCUGCACCAUGCUCAGUGCCGUGAUGUGGUCCUGUUUCGCCUUGGAACAUCUGGUGGAGUCGGUCUGGCACCGGGGACAGUGGUGAUCACAGAUAAAGCAGUGGAUUACUCCUUCCGCCCCCAGUUUGAGCAGGUGGUUCUGGGUAAGGUCAUCACCAGGAGCACUGAGCUGGACGAGGGAGUGGCCAAUGAGCUCCUGCAGUGCUCCUCUGAGCUUCAGAACGUUCCGACAGUGAUCGGAAACACCAUGUGCACCCAUGACUUCUAUGAAGGUCAAGGCAGACUUGAUGGAGCUCUCUGCUCCUUCUCUCAUGAAGAAAAACUGGAGUACCUGAGGAAAGCUUACGAGGCCGGAGUGAGGAAUAUUGAAAUGGAGUCUACCGUGUUUGCUGCUAUGUGCCGUGUCUGUGGCCUCAAAGCCGCUGUGAUCUGUGUUGCAUUGCUGAACCGCUUUGAGGGAGACCAGAUCACUUCCCCUCAUGAUGUUCUGGUGGAGUAUCAGCAGAGACCUCAAGUCCUGGUAUCCCACUUCAUCAAGAAACGCCUGGGACAUAUUGUCUGA